AUGGACGCCAAUAAGCCUGCCGUUUUGAUCAUCGGUGGUCUCGGUUUUAUCGGUCGCCAUCUUGCUCUUCACAUCCACGAGAACAAUUUGGCUUCGGAGGUUCGAUUAGUCGACAAGGUUCUCCCACAGUUGGCCUGGUUGGCCCCCGAAUUUGACGAGGCAUGCUCGAAGGAAAAGUUCGUGCAAGCGGACGCCAGCCGCGAACAGCACCUACCACGUAUCUUUGAUCGAUCCAACGGCGAACAAUUCGACUAUGUGAUCAACUGUGGCGGCGAAACACGACACUCCCAGCCCGACGAUGUAUACGAAGCGCGCAGCUGCAAUCUGAGCAUUACCCUGGGCAAGGAAGUCGCCAAGCGAGGCAUCAAGUCCUACGUCGAGUGCUCGACCGCACACGUCUACAAGAGCGGAUCCUCGCCGCGCAAGGAACACGAUAAACUGGUGCCGUGGCACAAGCUGGCCAAAUGGAAGCUCAAGGCCGCGGAAGAGCUGCUGAAGAUCGACGGCCUGAACUACUGUGCCCUGCGAUUGCCGCACGUCUAUGGCGAAUAUAACUCCGGCUACUUCGCCAUGGCGCUGUGUCUGGCCCGCGUGUAUCUCGAAAUGGGUCAGGAUCUCGAGCUUCUCUACACCAAGGAUCUCAAGGUGAACACGCUGCACGUCAAGGAUGCUGCGAGUGCCCUGUUUCACGCUGCCGAGUGGCGGGCCGGACGAACAGCUUCGUCGGAGGGAACUCCGGCAAUGUUCAAGGAUAGUUCCGUUGCCUGGGCGUUCAAUGUUGUCGAUCAUAACGAUACCCAGCAGGAGCACGUUGCCAAUGCCCUGUCCGAGGUUUUUGGCCUCAAGGUCUCGUUCAUUGGAUCCCUUGUCUCGCAGCUGGCUAAGAUGAACCUGGAUGAUGUUGUCGACGACAUGAAUGAGGUUAGUCUGCAGGAGUGGGCUGAACUGAUCGAGAAGAGCAAGAUCGUGCGCCCGGGCCCCAUUGGUCCCUUCCUGGAGCGUGAUGUCCUCAAGGAUCAGGAUAUGUCUAUUGACGGCUCACUGUUCGAGUCUACCACGGGUUGGAAGCCCAAGUACGAGCGCUUCAACGCCGACAGUGUUCGCACCAUGGUCGAGAGCUACAAGCGCAUGGGCUGGUGGCCAUAA